UGGCGGCAAAGGGAAACCACAGAGAAUUUCUCUGGUGCAUUAUGCCUGGCUAAGCGGUCACCCAGCCAAACUAAACAGCAACCGCACUCGGUGCUGCUUAACUUUGGUGAUCGGCGGAGCCCCCCGAGCCGCACAUGAACCGAUCGGCUGCCACUGCCCCCUAAACAUCGAUAGUUGAAAUAUCGAUAGGUAUCGCCCGUCUCUACUAGACAUUAUUCUACAACACUUGUUAUAGAACACCACGUGUUAUUUAAUAACAACGCAGUCUUAUUGUUAAUCAAGCUACAUCUCGGUAAUUACUCAAUUUCAUAACCUAAAUCAACUGAAUUAAUACUCGCUGAUUUAUCAGGAUUUAUGCCUUAGGACGGCGAGCACGUGCUGUAUUUUUAUUUAACAUACGAAAUUAAAUGGCGCAUCUGGUUAAUUUACGAUUGAUAUUAAGUAACAAAAUAAAAUUACUGACAAAUCAUGGGAGGUGUCGGACAAAAUUACAAGUCAGGUAUCUGGGGAGUGACCGGAGUACUGCUCAUGUUGACGUAUCACUUGGAAAUGGGAAAAAAAUGGUUAUUUCGAUGGGAAAAUUUGCCAAGAUGGCUAACGGAUGCGCGAUGGUAUCAGCAGGCAAGACAUCAGUGAUGAUAACAUCAGUGUGCAAGACACAGCAAUCAUCGAGCACGAUUGAGUCGAUGAUAGACAACUACGGAAUAUAUGUACGACCUCCUAGUCUGAUACCACUGAAUUUUCUGUGCGAGGUACCAGAUUAUAAAGAUGAAAUAACUACAGAGAGACUUAUUGAUCAGACUGUGGGUCCAGGGUUUCCAAAGGGCUAUUGCUAUGACAAGAAACUGAUAAGGAGCACCUGUACGUAUGACGUAGAUAAUCUCCCGGACGUCCUGGCGAUCAAUGCGGCGUCUGCUUCUCUGGCUCUGUCGGACAUCCCGUGGAAGGGCCCGAUGGCUGCGGUGCGCGUUGGCUUUGCGAACAAUGAGGUCUUGAUAAACCCAACCAUCUGGGAACUGGCGCCGAGUUCACUGAAUUUGAUUGUGUCUGCUACUGAUCAGAGUCGGCUGGUCAUGAUGGACGGGUAUGCCAACGGGAUCCUCGAGGCGGAUUUGAAGAAAGCCAUAGAGGUUGGAGUAAGCGAGUGUCAAGAAAUAAUUCGGGCUAUUAAAAGUUUAGCUGAGACUCACGGGAAGCCGAAAAAAUCUUUUGAAGAGGUCCUUAAAAUAGAAGAAAAUCUCCUGGAUUUGAUAAGAUCCCUGGCGGAAAUUAAAUUGAGAGAUAUUUUUACGGACUACAAGCACGACAAAGUGUCCAGAGACAACGCGGUUAAUAAUUUGAGGAACAAUGUCAUGGAGACGAUGAAGAAGAGCUUCGAUGAUUUUAAUUUACCGGCAGUUGCUGAAGCUUUCAAUAUAAUAACCAGGGAAAUUUUUCGCGAAUUGAUAUUUGAAAAUAAUGUGAGAUGCGACGGCCGUAAAUUGAAUGAGUUGCAAGACAUAAAGUGCAAAGUCGGGUUCUGUGAGCUGCGUGGCGAUUGGUCGGCGUUAUUCCAACGUGGACAGACUCAGGUUCGUUGUUCAGUAACUGCGGACCCGCUGCAGAGCGAAGACGAAGAGUACUUGUGGUUGAUGAUGACGAGCGAUGAAUAUGACAGCGACCUUGCAACCGGAGGAGGGAUCGGGAUGUCUGGAGUAAAAGAAAUGGGACAUGACGCACUAGCAGAACGCGGGUUACGUUCAGUGAUUCCUGACAAUUAUGAAAUUCCUCUCAGACUUACGAGUGAAGUACUCGAGUCAAAUGGAUCCUCCUCCAUGGCUACAGUUUGUGGAGGAAGUCUCGCGCUUCUGGAUGCUGAAGUACCGAUUUCUGAGUUAGUAGCGGGUGUCGCUAUUGGUCUUGUUACUAAAUACGACGAGAAUGAUACCAUAAAGGAUUACAGAAUCCUUACGGAUUUGACUGGUAUAGAGGAUUACAUGGGUGACAUGAAUUUAGAAAUCGCUGGAACGAAAACCGGAAUAACUGCAAUACACGCCGACAUAAAAGUAUUGGGUCUUCCACUAGAGAUUGUUAUGAAAUGUAUCUCUGACGGUAUUACUGCAAAUCAAAAUAUCAUAAAUAUCAUGAAUGAAACACUAUCAGCUCCGCGGGUUGAUUAGGUCAACAUGCCCAUGACUGACGUAACCCGGGAAAAAAUGAUCAGACAUGAACAGGCAUAAGUCUUCAAGCCUGAUCAGACAUGAAAAAUGACCAUGCCCGAUCAGGCAUGUUCAGGUAUGUUCAUGUCUGUUCUUGCCCAUCCGGGUAAAAAAAUUAUAUAUAAAAAAUGGCCUUAUAUAAUUAUGUAUAACUAGAUUCAAUUAGCGGCUGAGGCAGCCGUUCGGCACGCGCGUGGCUCGGGCGAUCACCGAAGUUAAGUAGCAUUGAGCGUGGCCACUACUUGGCUGGGUGACCGUUUAGCCACGCGUUGGGUUCGAACGAAGGUCUCUGACCGUUAGGCGCGGGAUGAAGAUCCAGUGAUCGGUAAAAUGGGAAUUUCACUGGAGGAAUCACUGGAGCUUCACCCAAACCGAAACUGUACUGGCUAGGUUUUCUUUGUGGUUUCCCUACGCCACUACACCUCCAUUGCACAAGGGAGGUUGUAGGGCAUCACGGUAAUGAUGCAGUACAGUAUAAGCACAAGUCGGUCCACAGCCGCACAAUGAAGGCAGAAAGAGAAGUAAAGCAGUUGCGAUAUAAAGGCAAAAAGUGUAAAAGGCCGUUACUACGGCUAUGUACUAGAAAACAAUUAAAAAUAAAAAAAUAUUACAAAAAA